AUGGCCAGCUCACGGUACCUCUCUCUCUUGGGGCUGCUCUGCAUCGUGCUGUGCUUUGUGAGCGCGCACGCCCAGGCGCCGGCGAAGCCCACCAAGGCGCAAAUAAAAGCGGAGCUUCAAAACAUGGCGAACGCCAUUACUCAGAAGUUUCCGAAAUAUGCGAAAUACGCCAAAGACAUCAACAAGUACAUUGGCCUCGCACUGAACUCGAAGUACGAUUUCACAGCACUCAGCGACGCAACGCUCCUUCUUCCCAGCGACACAGAGGCGGAGGCCCUCGCUAAGAAGGUCCCCGUUAAUAAAGCCAACAUCCCCAAAAUCUACAACAUUACGGCGUACCACAUUAUUCGCAAGAAGUACACCGUUCCCGCGCUCAAGGUGCUCAAGAAGUCGCAGCCGCUCGGCACGCAGCUGAAGCAGGCGAUGUACAAGGUUUCGCAGCAGAAUGGUAACACGGUUUCUUUCGCCAAGACGCCCAAUGCCCCCCCUGCCGCCUGGACCACGAUCAAGAUCGUUCGGCUGUACGCUGGGCCGUACUUCAUCGCGCACGGCGUGGAUAAAGUCCUGGUUCCCACGAACACCAAGGUGUAA